GUGUACAUUGAACCGGCCAAUUUACAUAUAUCAUGUGAGCAUGCCGGGCGUCCGGAAGAAAAAGUGUCCCGUUACACCGGGCGUCCCGGCACGCGAGGAUUGACAUUAUUUAGGCUAGUUAGUUUAUUAGUCAGCCACAUUCAUAAAGUAAGCUUAACCCAGGAAUUCAUAUAG